CGGCUAGUUGCCCAGCCUGCCGAGUGCCGACUGCCGACCCUCCACCCGCUGACACUCCCCCUCCGCGAUCUCAAAUUCAUCCAUCGCCACCAGGCAUCAUCUCAGCCCAAGCACCACCGCUACCUCGCCACCGCCCGCCGCCGCGCCAGCGAGCUCAGCUGCCUGCUCGAUCGCCCGCCAGCGUACCCCGUCGAGGGUCCAGAAAACUCCAUGAAGAUCCCGUCGAGGCUCCCGGACCACGAGGAGGAGGAAGAGUACGACGAUGCCUUGUUCUACGAGGACAUCCAGGCGCCCAAGUUCGUUGACCUCACCGCGCCCGACGCAGGCCGCCCCGACGACGACCCCGCCUGGUUCUGCCUACGAGUCGGUUGCGACCAGAGCCAUGAGCAGGUCGACCCUGAGGCCCUGGACAGGAGCUUCUUUAUGCGGGUCAUGGCGGCGAGAAGCCCCAACGUGAGGCUACAGAAGGCUAUCAGCAAGAAGAACCAGAGCUCGAUGCUGAAAUGCCCGCACUCUGCGCCGCCGAAGCGUCCGAGAGCUCGGUUCGCGAGGCUGAGCGCAGAGACUGAGACUGCGGGGAAGGCACCGGCGGAGCCCAAGCCAAGGGUCGAGCGGAUCUGCGCCAUGCAAGCGUCCCCAAUUCGCACCAAGACAGCCAGGGUCGAAUGUCCCAGCGAGAGGAAGAAGGCACUGACCACGCCGCGGAGCAAGGCCGUCCGGCCGAGGCAGGAGCUGUUUCACAGUGUGAAGCACCAGAAGGAGCCGUUGGCCGCUGCAGCCAGGAAAGGGACGGUCGUUAAGUCUCUGUUCAUGAGCACGACGCCAAAAAAGGAGCCGGUCCAGACGCCGGCGGCGGACAAGAGCAAGGGGGCGGUAUCCAAGGUCUGUUCGAAGCUGAGGAAGCUGAACUUGGCGUGCCGGGAGGUGCCGAGCAGGUACAUGUCUCAGCCUCAGCCGAAGAUUAUGAAGACGGCCAAGAAGGCUGAAGAGACCACGGUGGCCAAGAGCGAGAAGCGGGGGCUGGAAUCCAAGACCAAUGCUAAGAAGAAAAUUUUAGGACGCUCAGUGAAGCGUGCUAAUGCUGGACCUGACGGAGAGAACCGAAAUGGUUGCAGCACUGCUGCAGACGAGAACUCGCUUGCAGAAACUGCUGGCUCCCAUCAGGAAAGGAAGGUGGUGCUGCAGGAAUUGAGAAUCGAGGUGGAUGCAUCGCGAUAUGGCAAUUCAGAUGACAACAAGGAGAAUGUGUCCAGUGCUCCGAGUGAAGAAGCAUUGGACAAUUCACAUUAUGGAAGUGAAAACAGACUGUUGGAGAACAAUGAGAAUAUUCCUCUGAAGGAGAAUGUUGCUCUGAAGGUGGCCAAAUUGCAGAAGAAAGUGCAUCAAGAGCAGGCAGGAAAGCUCAAGAAAACCACCAAUCCUAGGCCAUUCAGGCUAAGGACUGAUGAAAGAGGAGUGCUUAAAGAAGCAAAACCAGAGAAAAGGCAGCCGUUCGCUGAGAAUAACUCCAUGGCAGUACUCAAGGACGCAAACAGAGAAGUGACGCAAAUGGACAAACACACCCAUGGCAAGGGACGAGACAAGCCGCCGACCUGCGGCAAGAAACAGAAGAAACAAAGCGCCCAGAUUGCUGUAACGGCUCAGCAGCUCGGUGAGCCCACCAGGCCGGCCUUCAACAACGGCAUCCAGCGCAAAGCUGUGGAACCGGAGAGAGUUUGUAGGGCUGCAUCGUCAACACGAACAACCAAACCAGCAAGAGGCCUUCCGGCACCACCACCACCUUCCCGGACUGGGAAGGAUAGGAAGGCUGCCGUGAAGCUGUCGUCGAGGUUCCAAACAGCAGCCGCUUGAGCUCAUGCAGAACUAGGGCGCUCCAACUGUUGUGUUUGUCGUCUGUCUCCUCCAACGAUGAGUUCUGUAUUUACGGCGUCGAAUUCGUUUUCUGGAUUUCGUUGACUUGUGUACACUGAUUCUUUCUGCGAAUCGUGUGGUGAAUUCCUCUACC